AGAUUAACCUGGAUUUGCUGUGAACGUUUGGAAACGAUCGCUGUUGGCAAACUGGGUGUAGAGGCAGUAGCCUCCAGCUGAGCCAUGGGGCGCCGCGUCCUCCUGCUUCUACUCAUGGCUUUCGUGAUGCCCGGAGCCCCCAUCCCCGAGCCGCUGGCAGUAAAGGCCCUCAGAAGCCAGCGCUUGUCAAGCAGCUUCAUAUCCCGCCCAGCUGUAGUCAUGAAGUACACGAUUCACUACUUCCAACAGAAGAUCGAUCAUUUUGGAUUUAAGACUGAUAAAACUUUUAAUCAGCGGUACCUAAUAGCAAAUCAACACUGGAAGAAAGAGGGUGGAUCGAUACUUUUCUACACUGGUAAUGAAGGGGACAUUAUCUGGUUUUGCAACAAUACGGGGUUCAUGUGGGAUGUUGCUGAGGAACUGAAAGCUAUGUUGGUGUUUGCUGAACAUAGAUACUAUGGAGAGUCUCUACCCUAUGGUGCCAACUCAUUCAAGGAUUCCAGACACUUGAAUUAUCUGACAUCAGAACAAGCUCUAGCUGAUUAUGCAGAGUUAAUCAGACACUUGAAAGUGACAAUCCCAGGAGCUGAAAAUCAACCUUUCAUUGCUGUGGGGGGCUCUUAUGGUGGCGUGCUUGCAGCUUGGUUCAGGAUGAAAUAUCCUCAUUUUGUGGUUGGAGCUCUUGCAGCCUCUGCCCCUAUCUGGCAGUUUGAGGAUAUGGUACCUUGUGGUGUGUUUAUGGAAAUUGUAACUACAGAUUUUAGGAGAAGUGGCCCAAAUUGUCCAGAGACCAUCCGCAGGUCCUGGGAGGCCAUUAAUCGACUCACAAGAAAUGGUACUGGCUUGCAUUUGCUUUCUGAAGCCCUUCACUUAUGUGUGCCAUUAACAAAUUCUCAGGACGUUCAGCAUUUGAAAGAUUGGAUCUCUGAAACCUGGGUAAAUCUGGCGAUGGUGGACUACCCUUACGAGUCUAACUUUUUACAGCCUUUGCCUGCUUGGCCAGUCAAGAUGGUGUGCCAGUAUUUGAAAAAUCCCCAUGUAUCUGAUACACAGUUAGUAAAGAAUAUUUUCAAAGCUCUGAAUGUAUAUUAUAAUUAUUCAGGCCAGGCAAGAUGCCUGAAUACCUCAGAGACAACAAGUAGCCGUCUGGGAUCCCAGGGUUGGAGCUAUCAGGCCUGCACAGAAAUGGUGAUGCCCUUUUGUACCAAUGGUAUUGAUGACAUGUUUGAACCUCACUCGUGGGACUUGAAGAAGUAUUCAGAGGAUUGUUACAGACAGUGGAAUGUGAGACCCAGGGCCUCCUGGGUCACUUCUAUGUAUGGAGGCAAAGACAUCAGUUCCCACACAAACAUCAUUUUCAGCAAUGGUGACCUAGAUCCCUGGUCAGGAGGUGGAAUAACCAAGAACAUCUCAGACACCUUGGUUGCCAUCACUAUCCCAGAGGGAGCCCAUCAUCUAGAUCUCCGAGCCAACAAUGCCUUUGAUCCCAUGACUGUGCUAUUAGCCCGCUCUUUGGAAGUUAAAUACAUGAAGCAGUGGAUCAGAGAUUUCUAUGGCAGUCUGAGAAAGAAGUAAUGAGCAACUUUUGAUCGUUUUCAGUUUCUUCUUUUAUGUUCAUUCCACCCACAUUCCCAUCCACUUUAGUUUUCCACACAUAAUUACUUUCCUUUGUUUAUCAUUAGAUUUGGUAAGAAAGAGGUUGAGAAGGAAGAGAGGGUGAUGGUGGCGACAGCAGCCACCCCAUACCCCAGGUUCUUGCCAUCUUUGCACCACUUCCAGGAAGACUCUUUGUGACAGCUGUCCCUCACCAUCAGUGGCCCUCAUAACUGGGGCAGAGUUCCUGACUGCCUUUCACAAGAGGGAGAGUCAGUUUCUUUGUUCCUCUGCAAGUAGGGAUUUCUCUUGCUUUUGAGACAAGUCUCUUUGGCUCAUUUGUCAUUCCCCACUCCUGCCUCCCAAAAAGAAAAGCAGAAGAUAGAUAAAAAUGAGGUAAUUGCAGCUGAUAGGGUGUCCGAUGCCAAGCCAGGGUAUAGGAGCCAUUUCUUUUGUACUUGAUUUAAAGACUUUGAACUGUGCUGUAAAUAAAGAAUAAGGCUGGAUGUUA